AUGGAUGUUAAGCUUGGUUUUUGUGUACUUGUCUCCCUAGUUCUGCUGGUUACUUAUGGAACAGAAGCUAGGUAUAUGGCUGAAGGAAAUUCCGAAUCCCUUACGAGACUGUUUCUUACAUAUAAAAAUGGAGGUAAAGAGCCAAAAGAGAAUGAACAUAUGGCUGAAGGUAAUUCCCAAUCCCUUACGAGACUGUAUGUUAGAUAUAAAUAUGGAGGUGAAGAGCCAAAAGAGAAUGAACAUAUGGCUCAAGGAAAAUCCCAAUCCCUUACGAGUCUGUAUGUUAGAUAUAAAUAUGGAGGUGAAGAGCCAAAACAGAAUGAACAUAUGACUCAAGGAAUUUUUUUCCUUAUGGAUGAUCUAAAGUUGGGGAAAACAUUAACUCACUCCUUUCCAACAAUGGAUCUUCCUUCUUCUCUACAAAUGUUACCCAAAAAAUUUCCAUUUUCAUUAAAGGAAGCAAAAUCCAUGGAAGAAACAUUAAGACUAUGUGAAGAUUCACCCAUGAAGGGAGAUACUAAGUACUGUGCCACAUCUAUUGAGGCAAUGCGCGAUUUUGUACAACACAUUUUGGGAGAAAACACCCAAAUCGAACCUCUCAUCACUAUGACGACGACUAGUACUGAUCCCCUGAACCAUAAUCGUCUUCAAAACUAUACAAUUUUGAAUGAUCCAGAAGAUGUUGGAGCUACUAAGAUGGUGGCGUGUCAUACCAUGCGUAGCGUUUACUACUGUCAUCACACAGUUAGCAAAAGCAAGGUGUUGAAGGUUUCAUUAAGGAAUGAUGUAAAUGGUUAUAAAAUUGAAGCAAUUGCUGUUUGUCAUUUGGAUACCUCUGAUUGGAAUCCAUCCCAUCUAUCCUUUCGAGUGCUCGGGAUAUUACCAGUAACAUCACCUAUCUGUCACUUUUUCCCAUCAAGUAAUGAUCUAGUCUGGAUUCCAAAAUCAGUUGCAGCGCUUUAA